AUGUUGUGCCUGUCUCGCUGUGCGUUGCCCGGCUCGAGGAUUUUCCAUAGGCUUUCAACCAGUUCUAAUGUAGAUGAAUUGGUCCGACGCAUCACAGCCAUCGCUGGUCCAAGAACAACGCAAGUCAUCCUUGACUUGUGCGCCCCUAAGGGCUUUGAAAAAUAUUUCCCUGGUGGGAAGAAGCCCCAAGAGAAGUCAGAGGAUGAGAAGCAGCAAACCGAGGAGGGGAAGAAAGUUCCCCCGCCGCCCUUGCCACGAGUUCCAGGGAAGACGCCUUUCAACUUCCAGAACGUUUUCAACUCGAAGCGAUCUUCAUCCUCGGGUCCGCCACCGGAAAAUGAACGCGAGCGCAUCCUAACCAUAGCUGUGAUUGCGACAUUGACGAUUAUAGGGUUAGCUGCGUUUUUCGAUUCAUCCUACCGUGAAAUCACUUGGAAAGAGUUUGUUACGAAUUAUCUCGCCACCAACAAGGUAGAUCGUUUGGAGGUAGUCAACAAAAAAUGGGUCCGAGUGCAAACUGUUUCCGCUGAAAACACAAUCCCGUGGUUCAACAUCGGCUCUGUUGAUACUUUUGAGCGAAACCUGGAGACUUCUCAGGCUGAACUUAGUCUUGAAGCAGAGAAUCAGAUCUCGGUUGUUUACCGAAAUGAGUUUGAACUUGCCAGUCUCUCCGGUUUCUUACCUACUCUCCUCGUCAUUGGUUUCAUCAUCUUCAUGAUGCGUCGUUCGGCUCAGAUGAUGGGUGGUCGCGGAGGUCGUCCAGGUCGGGGACUUUUUGGUGGAGUCGGGGAAUCGACAGCAAAACUUGUCAAUCCUACGGAUAUUGGCGUUAAGUUCGCAGACGUUGCCGGAUGCGAAGAAGCCAAACUGGAGAUCAUGGAAUUCGUGAACUUCCUUCGAAAUCCGCAACAGUAUCUUGAUCUUGGUGCGAAGAUUCCAAAAGGUGCUCUUCUCACUGGAAAUCCUGGUACUGGUAAAACACUUCUCGCGAAAGCCACAGCCGGUGAAGCAAACGUACCUUUCAUAUCUGUAUCGGGCUCGGAGUUCCUUGAGAUGUUCGUAGGUAUCGGGCCGUCGAGAGUUCGUGACAUGUUUUCCAUGGCGAAGAAACACGCACCUUGCAUACUGUUCAUCGAUGAAAUUGACGCGGUUGGGCGAAAGCGUGGUGGACGUAGUAUCGGUGGACAUUCUGAGCAAGAGAACACUUUGAACCAGCUGCUUGUCGAAAUGGAUGGAUUUAACACCUCUACAAACGUUGUCGUGCUUGCUGCGACGAACAGAGUGGACAUCCUUGACCCUGCUUUACUUCGUCCGGGUCGUUUUGACCGUCAGAUCUACGUUCCCGCGCCAGAUAUCAAGGGCAGGGCUUCGAUCUUCAAAGUUCAUCUGAAACCCUUGAAAACAACGAUCGACAAGAACGAACUUUCUCGUAAAAUGGCAGCUCUCACUCCGGGAUUCACUGGCGCGGAUAUCGCCAAUGUCUGCAAUGAAGCUGCUUUGAUCGCUGCGCGGGACUUGUUCCACGAAGUGAUAUUGAAACACUUCGAACAAGCUAUUGAACGAGUAGUCGCAGGCAUGGAGAAGAAAACCAACGUCUUGCAGCCCGAAGAGAAACGAACCGUAGCGUACCACGAAGCAGGACACGCUGUCGCAGGAUGGUUUUUGGAACACGCAGAUCCUCUUCUGAAGGUAUCCAUUAUCCCGCGGGGACGAGGGCUUGGUUAUGCCCAGUAUUUACCGAAAGAACAGUACCUGUACUCAACAGAGCAGUUGUUGGAUAGAAUGUGUAUGACGUUGGGUGGUCGGGUUUCCGAGGAGCUGUUCUUCAAUCGGAUCACGACUGGGGCACAGGAUGACCUCCGUAAAGUGACUCAAAGUGCAUACUCUCAAGUUGUGCAAUACGGUAUGAAUGAAAAAGUGGGAACUUUGAGUUUCGAGAUGCCGCGUGAAGGUGAUAUGGUGCUUGAAAAGCCUUAUUCUGAAGCUACAGCGCAGCUGAUUGACAACGAAGUUCGUGAGAUGGUGAAAAGCGCGUACAACCGCACGAAGCAGUUGUUGACAGAACAUCGUGAGGAUAUUGACAAAGUGGCCACGCGUUUGCUUGAGAAAGAAAUCCUUAGUCGUGAUGAUAUGAUAGAGCUGUUAGGACCGAGGCCGUUUAAGGAGAAGUCGACUUACGAAGAAUUUGUGGAGGGAACAGGAAGUUUCGAGGAGGAUACGAAAUUACCGAAAGGGCUCGAGGGUUGGAACGAUCCGAAACCUGAUGAGGAGAAGAAGAAUGAUUCGGAGAAGAGCUCCUCCAGUAGUUCGUGGAGCUGGCAUUAG